GCAAAAACUCGAAGAUAAGGAACGUUGAAGUUGCACAUCCUCAAUGUCAAUCCAAAGUUCCGAACACCUUCUCCUUCAACCAAAAAGUUUAGGAAAAAGCGUUUUAGAAAUUCAUAAAGGGAAAUAUACACGGGGGUUGUGUCGUUAUAACUCAUUAUCAUUCAUAAGAAAGAGAAGAACAUCAACAUUUUCAAUUUCAAUACAACAUCUACUUGCAGAACUCUGACUUUGAAUUUGAAAUCUUUUCUUCUACAGUCUUCAGUUGAAUUCAUAUACUCAACACGACCAAGAACAAGACAAGAUGCCAACUCUUUUUUUCUCGCAAGAUUUCCCGCAACAUGCGGCGAAGCUGGCAUCCAAGGAUCGUGUCGAUCCACGUCUGAUCAAGCGCAGCUACGAAGAACAAGCAGAGCGUGUACGUGAUGAACAACGCGAAGGCUAUGCGAGGAACCAGCUCAGAGCCGUGAUGUCAGCCACCGAACUAGGACAAAAACAAAAAGCAAAGUACUAUUUGUUUUACUAUUUAUCAUAGUUGACACUUUACAAGAAGCGCAUGGUGGUGAGAAGAAGAAGGGAGUACUCGCUUCGCAUAGUUUACAAGCAGAAAAGUUCCUACAGGUGAUAUGGUAAUAGUGACAGCCUGCGACGUUUGGAAUGAAGAGCAGGCAUGAUUUACCUUGUUCCUCCAUCAUGUUGAUGUUGACCAACUUCAAAUUUCGUCUGGUCUUCUACUUGUUGCAUCUCCAAAAAUCAGCCUAGUAAGGUGAGUAACAUCAAUCAUCACUCAUUAAUUCGUACUCCAUACUACUAGGUACCUCUCAAACGACAAGGAGUGGCGAAAACGACAUCGUGUGGCUAUCCAGAUUCGGGAGAAGUAUGAGGUACUUUCCUUAAUAUCACGAUGUUCGUGUUCGACGACGUUAGCAUUCUCUUUCUCUCCAUGGUAGUCCCGUUUUUACCAUUUCUCUUUUAGUUUUUACGAUCUUUCGCUGAAAUCUGACUACAUUCUCAUCCUCUACCUAGUACACGACCAUUACCAUUUCUCUUACUCUUCUUUCUACACGACAACAAACAAACACCACCACACAGGAGGAGUUCGUGAAGAAGAGCGUUGCGCAACUUCAGGAGCGAGAUGAGCGCUUGGAUCGCCGUAAUGGGAGACGCCAGACCCUUCUCGGCAUGUACGGCAAUCGAGCUUUUCUCAGUCAGACGAAUUUGGGCACUGCGAAAUACAAGCCCAUGGGGUAA